AUGGAUAUCUUAGAUGCCCUCAUUAAGACAUACGUUGACCACGUCUACCCUUCUGUUCCCGUGAUCAACAGAGCUGAUUUCAUUCCCAGCUAUCAAUCCGGCGACUGCCCGUUGGUCCUGCUCCGCGUUAUAUUAACACCAGCCAGUCUCCUUGCGCCAGCAGACGUGCUAUCCGCCUGCGGCUUUGCCAGCCGCUCGGCGGCGCCAGAGUCGUUCUUCUCCAAGGUCAAGCUGCUCCACGACUUUGCCGCAGAAGAUUACCCGUUGCUGAUGCAGCAGGGAUCCAUCAUCUUGUGCACGGUGAUUCUCGACCACCCCAUCGACUGGGACUUUGGCUACUGGUUCCACAAUGCGAUCCGCCUUGCCACCAAGCUAGACCUACGCAACACGUGCGUUUCCUACUCCUAG